CAAUUCGCCGAUUCUCUCUUUUCGUUUUCGGUUGUGUCGGAGAUAGGUUGCUGGCAGGCAUAUUCUAAAAAUGAGUGAAACUCUGAAGCUUCGAGGCACUUUGUGCGGUCACAAUGGCUGGGUUACGCAAAUUGCUACUAACCCAAAAUACCCUGACAUGAUUUUAUCAUCUUCCCGAGACAAGACCCUCAUCGUGUGGAAGUUGACCCGUGACGAGACCAACUACGGCGUUCCCCAGAAGCGUCUGUACGGUCACUCCCACUUCAUCUCCGACGUCGUUCUGUCCAGCGACGGAAACUACGCUCUGUCCGGAUCCUGGGACAAGACUCUGCGUCUGUGGGAUCUCGCAGCUGGAAAGACCACCAGGCGUUUUGAAGAUCAUACUAAGGAUGUCCUCUCAGUGGCUUUCUCUGUGGACAACCGUCAAAUUGUCUCCGGAUCCCGCGACAAGACCAUCAAGCUGUGGAACACCCUCGCUGAGUGCAAGUACACUAUCCAGGACGAUGGCCACAGUGACUGGGUCUCGUGCGUGCGUUUCUCGCCAAAUCAUGCCAACCCCAUCAUUGUCUCUGCUGGAUGGGACCGCACAGUCAAGGUCUGGCACUUGACCAACUGCAAGCUUAAGAUCAACCACCUUGGUCACUCUGGCUACUUGAACACAGUCACAGUCUCUCCUGAUGGCUCCCUGUGUGCGUCUGGAGGCAAGGACAUGAAGGCUAUGCUCUGGGACUUGAACGACGGCAAGCACCUCCAUACCCUGGACCACAAUGACAUCAUCACAGCCCUGUGCUUCUCACCUAACAGAUACUGGCUGUGUGCUGCAUUUGGACCCUCCAUCAAGAUCUGGGACCUUGAAAGCAAGGAAAUGGUUGAAGAACUCAGGCCAGAAAUCAUCAACCAGACACAAAACUCCAAGGCUGACCCGCCUCAGUGCCUCUCGCUGGCGUGGUCCACUGACGGUCAGACCCUCUUCGCUGGUUACUCCGACAACAUCAUCAGAGUCUGGCAGGUUUCAGUCUCUGCCCGAUAAGGUGUCGAAGAGAUGAAGUUUCAUUUAUUUUUGUUCUGGAUAUGACUGCUAACUUGAGGAUAAAAAUAAAUGGAAUUGUAUAGAA